CGAGCCUCGUGAGCCUGUUCAAAGAAUGCCAAUAAAUUAUUCCUUCAUCCCCUCUUUCACCUCAACACCAGUCACAUGUUCAUGUAUAAAAAAACACACCACUGCUGUGAAGAGUGAGAGAGUAAUCAUGGUUUCUCUCUCUACAUUGUGGACACACUAAUUAAUACAACUUGCAGAGAUUUUCAAGAGGAAUCAAUCCGUAAUCUUUCUGAUUUAUGCAAGUGUAGCUCUCAAAGUUCUACUCAUCACAAAUGGAUGCAAAAGAUAAUAAGUUUCUUAAUGCUGGACUCGUGGUUCUAGCCACUCUUGUUGUUGCCAAGCUCAUAACUGCUUUGCUUUUCUCGAGAUCUAGAAAAAGGCUUCCCCCAACUGUUCAAGGAUGGCCUAUUUUUGGAGGACUUAUAAGGUUCCUGAAAGGGCCCAUUGUUAUGCUUAGAGAAGAGUACCCAAAGCUUGGAAGUGUCUUUACCGUGAAAUUACUGAACAAAAAUAUUACAUUCUUUAUUGGGCCAGAGGUUUCAACUCAUUUCUUUAAAGCCCCAGAAUCUGAUCUUAGCCAGCAAGAGGUGUAUCAGUUCAAUGUUCCUACUUUUGGACCUGGUGUGGUCUUUGAUGUGGAUUAUUCAGUGAGACAGGAGCAGUUCAGGUUCUUUACAGAGUCUUUGAGGGUGAACAAGUUGAAGGGUUAUGUUGAUCAGAUGGUUGUUGAAGCAGAGGACUACUUUUCGAAGUGGGGGAGCGAAGGGGUGGUAGACCUAAAGCACGAGCUCGAGCACCUUAUCAUUUUAACAGCGAGCCGGUGCCUCUUGGGACGCGAGGUGCGUGACAAGCUCUUUGACGAUGUCUCAUCUCUCUUUCACGACCUCGACAAUGGCAUGCUCCCCAUCUCUGUGCUCUUCCCCCGCCUUCCCAUCCCUGCCCACCUACGCCGAGAUAGGGCCCGCCAGCGCCUUGCCGAGAUCUUUGCUGGAAUCAUUGCCGGCCGCAAACGUGCCGGAAAUCCCGAGCCCGAUAUGCUUCAGAGCUUCAUUGAUUCUAGGUACAAAGAUGGGCGCCCCACCACCGAGGCAGAAGUCACUGGCCUCCUCAUCGCUGCCCUCUUUGCAGGCCAACACACCUCCUCCAUCACCUCCACAUGGACUGGUGCAUACCUCCUCACCAACAAGCCCCAUCUCAAUUCUGUCCUUGAGGAGCAAAGGGCCAUUUUGAAAAAGCAUGGAGGCAAAAUUGACCACGAUAUCCUCUCUGAGAUGGAUGUGCUCUAUCGGUGUAUCAAAGAAGCACUAAGGCUCCACCCUCCUCUUAUACUCCUCCUUCGGAGCUCACAUAGUGAUUUCUCAGUAACAACAGGAGAAGGCAAAGAAUAUGAGGUGCCCAAAGGCCACAUUGUAGCCACCUCACCUGCCUUUGCUAAUAGGCUAGGUCACAUUUUUAAAGAUCCAGACCGUUUUGAUCCUGAUAGGUUCGCGCCAGGAAGAGAGGAGGACAAAACAGCAGGAGCAUUUUCGUACAUUUCAUUCGGGGGAGGAAGGCAUGGUUGCUUAGGUGAACCAUUUGCUUACCUCCAAAUAAAGGCGAUAUGGAGUCAUUUAUUGAGGAAUUUUGAGUUGGAGAUGGCAGGGCCCUUUCCUGAGAUUGAUUGGAAUGCAAUGGUGGUUGGAGUUAAGGGAAAGGUUAUGGUAAGGUACAAGAGGUGUGUCCUAAGAGCGGAGGAAUGAGGGGACAUUUUCUGGUGAUUUGAAUGCAGUAAUGUGGAUUUUUGGUGGGUUUGUUGUGAGAAUUUGGGGGGCCUUUCUUUGGGGGGUUUGUUACCAGAAUUUGGAUUUGUUGCCCGCAUAUUCGGGUUAACAGCUGGUGUGGGUGGUUCGUUAUUUUUGGGUGGAUUUCAAGUGGGAGUUAAGGAUCUUAGUGUCUUCUAGAUGUGUUGGCUUCUCAAUGAAUACUUGUUUUUUCGGUAGUUAUUUUUUUCUUCCCUUUGCUCCCUCAUUCCACACUAAUUUGCUUUCCUUUUUUCCCUC